AUGGCUUUGUUUUUCGCUCCUCUGGAAAAAGACUUCCUCGCCAUACAAUCACGCGUGGAGUUUGUUCCGCAAUACGCCUGUCUCAGCUUCAUGGGAAUGAUUCAAAACAUGGCCAUAUACCCCAGCGAGCGAGACGUGUUCUACCGCGACACAUCCGAGGGCAUGUACGGUGCAGAAUGUUUUAUCUUGCAACACACCUUGCUUGAACUCCCUCUAGAGUUAAGUUCAUGCACAAUAUUCGCAGUCUUCACGUCACACGUAGCGCAACUCAACCCAACAGCUGCACAGUUUGGAAUUCCUCUCCUUGCUUCAUUCGCGUGUUUGAACUGUGGAGAAUCCAUCAGCAUCAUUUUCAAUACCUUAUUCAUCCACACAGGCGCAGCAAUUAGCGCAACGUAUGCACUUCUUGGAAUAUUUACAGUGCUGGGUGGCGUCAUUUCCUUGAACGUCCCGCCUGUUCUACGGGCGUUCAACCAUAUCUCACCACCGCGGUACGCGAUCAGGGCAAUUCUGGAUUACAGCAUGCAGAACCUCGAAUUUACCUGCGAUGAUACACAGCGAGGGCCAAAUGGGUCAUGUCCGAUCCAAACAGGCGAGCAGAUGAACUCCGGCAAGAUUUGGUAG